GUGUCCGUGUGGCCGAUUACACGUCGCGAGUGUCACCCGCGUAAAAUUGUGAAGCGAACGUUAACAGAGGUUAGAUCUCUAUCAGCGAUUCUUGCAAGGCGUGGUUUCCCGAAAUAUAUUUUUAGAAUCGGGUUUUUUUUCAAUUAGCUUCUCUCCACACACUCACCAACAGCACACGACCGUCUAACACUAACCGCCAUGAUAACUCAUCUUCUCCUUACAAUCACUGUAAGCAUACUAUGCUUCACGUAUGCUGAAGGAAGUUUGCGUAAAAGAAACACAGUUGCCGGCGACUGCCCACCCCAGCCCGAGACUGUCACUCUCGAGAUAGCAGUCGACAGGGCCGGCAAUGGCCUUCUGCCGUGUUCGUUGUCCGAACACCCGGUGGACAAUGCCGUCAUUCUCUUCAGCUGGCACGUCGAGGGCAGCACAGACAUCUGGCAUAAGGAGAUUAAGUCGCCGGAAAAAUCCGGCUCUCUGCCUUUCAAUGAAAUAGUCACCAGCUUGUUAAAUAAAAAGAUUUCUUGUACAGCUCAGCUCAAGUUCGACAAACUGGGGGCAGAGUGGUGUGAAAAAGUGGAAAGCAACACAGUGACACCUAACAUAAUCUGUCCAGCACAAACCCAGUUAACCGUGGUAGAAGGUCUGGGCCCUGAGAACCUAGUGGUCAAGCUGUCAGCUCCCCCCUCCAUGUACUGUAUUGGUACAGACAAGAAUCAGUGUGAGGUCGAGGUUGUGACAGAGAUUGUCCCAAACGAUAAUGACCUCAAGUGCUCAAAGACUGAGGUCAUCCCCCAAGUUGUCUUAGAAUCCAAAAGCUGUGGGGUUCAGAUCACAAAGAACAACUGGAAGAAUGGAGUCACUAUUCCAAUCAAGGCAUCCAUUGACAGAAUUAUUGAUGGGGAGAGAGUGGUGUCAUUGGCAAUAACUGUUAGAUUCAAGGGUCUGGAAGUCGUAGAAGAGAAGUGUCCGAACGUGGAAAUUAAAGUUGUUGAUCAGGAUAAAACAGGCAUCUGUCACUCUGUCAACGACCCACACAUUCGAACUUUUGACAAUUUUAACUAUGACAACCAUCUUACAGGGGAGUUUGUUCUGUACAAGCACAAGACCCUUCCCUAUCAGGUGGUAGCCAGGUAUGCACCUUGUGGACCGCGCCCUAUACCUACAUGUAACUGUGCAGCAGCUAUCCAAACAGGGGAUGACGUCAUUACUUUCAAUUCUUGUGAUGCCCCACAAAAUAAGGGCGCCACAAACACAGUCGCUCUCAGUGUCAAGGUAUUUACCAAUGGGGAGUUAACUAGGGGAACCAGGAUCAAGCAAAUUGGAGAAGGGCAAAAAUUUGAGGUACAUCUCCCCACUGGGACAAUUGUGACCUUGACCCCAAGCUACUAUUCCUUCAUGAACAUCAUCAUCACUGCAUCAACAGCAGACUUUGGGAAUACAGAAGGGUUAUGUGGAGACUUUAAUGGGAUCAGUCAAGAUGAUUUUACAGGUCUUAAUACAGACCAGUUCAACAACAAAUGGAGAUCAACAACCACAAUAUUUAAUGGUGUUCUCCCUGAGCAAACCUCAACGACACCAACCUACUGCAGCUGUAUCCAAGGUGCUAAACCUGUGGUCAGUUCUGGCCUUGAUGUGUACAGCUGUACAGAUCCUGACCCCAACGAUGCCACACAACUGUUUAUUAAAAACGCUAGGACACCAAAGGCCAACACCAAGGCACCUCGGAGAAAAAGGGAAAUCAAUCAAGGUGCUGGUAGCACAGAAGCUGUAUCAAUCAGUCGAGACGAGGCUGAAACAUUGUGCCGGGAUACACUGGAGAAGAGUGACAUAAUGAAAGUAUGUGGGGAUCAGAUCACUAGUACCCAGGUUAAACAGAGCAUAGAGGACUGUGUGAAUGAUACGAUGAUCACAGGCCAAAAAGAGUGGGCAGUGUCACACCUACGUGACUUAGGAGAUGAGUGUCUGAUGCAUGCUGUUCGGAACCCGUCCGUCUGGACUGGGGCGAGUGAGACACCAGGUCAGCCUGACCUACCCAAGGCUUUGGUCACUCAGCUGUGUGCUGAAGAUUGUGGCCCUAAUGGUCAAUGUGUCAAAACUGUCUGUGAGUGCAGUGACGGCUACUCAGGUGAGAGAUGUCAGUAUGGUCCUGACACUCAACCUGAAGUGUUUGGCCUGUCUUGGGCGACCUGUGACACCCAGGCAUCAAGUUGCCUCACAGUGAGCCUUGAUGGCAAACAUUUCAGCAAGUUCAAGGACUUCUUCUGCCACUUUCAAUAUGCCACAAUAACUGACUCAGCAGAGAAAACAGAAGAAAAGCAGGUUGUGUCUGCUGAAGCUAUCAGCUGGUCUGCCAUAGCCUGCACCCUCCCAGCACUGCGAAGUGGGUACAUCAGCCUCAGCAGUGACAGAUCGCAGGAGGGGGAGAGAGCUUUUCUUUACGUCGUCCACAACUCCAGCUGCCAGAUUUGUACAUUGAAUGACAAUCUAACAGAUGUGCAGUGUCAAAUAGUUGAAAACCAGUGUGGAAUUAAUGGAAAGUGUUACCUGCCUGAUGAAGUGGACCCUGACGAUUCAUGCAACAUUUGCAGCUUAGAGCACAGCAACACUUCUUGGACCAGAAAAACCGAUUCAGCCUGCAUGAAGGAUGAUGGCCCACUCUCACAGAAAGCCAUCAUUAUAAUUGCUGUAGUGUGUGGGGCCGCAGUGCUACUGGCCAUUAUAAUCACAGUUGUCUGCCUCUUGCGCAAAAAACGAAGACAGAGGAAACAUGUGGUGAAAAAGGACUACAGAGAGGUCUCCUUACAUGAGACCAGAACUGAUGAGACUGAGAAGAUAUGAGCUCAAACAUAAAUGUGUGCUCAUUUUUGUGAAGAUGUGAAUUCAAGCAUGAACUUUACAUUGUUCGUGUGAGUGCAUCUGCAAGGAGAUGUGAAUUCAAGCAUGAACUUUACAUUUUUUACAUGUGUGCAUUUUAUAACUUCAUGGAUUUAUUUGCAUUUUCAAUUUUUAUUUUUUUUUUAUUUUUAAUCUACCAUUUAUAGAAUUGUUUUUUGUUUUUUUUAACAUUAGUUAAUUAUGCUUCUUUUUAUAAGAAAUUUAAAAAUAUUCUAAAAAUGUGUUUGAAAAUAUAAUUAUCCUUUAUAUUAAUCUGUGCAUUUAAAAAAAAAUAAUAAUAUCAAAGCCUUUUAUACUGCUAUUACACUGCCUUUGUCUUCAAAUGAUGUGAUAUUGUGGGUUUGUUUUAAUCUCUAGUCUCUAUACUUUUAUUUUAGACAAAUCAAAAACCCCAAAUUUGAAAACUUUUGUUAAAAAGUAGAGCACUAUGUUUACAGAGAUUCUGAUAAUCUUUAUAUUAGGGUCUAAGGCUAAGUGAUCUAAAUCCAUUUUAGUUUGAAGGAUGUCUGUGUAGUAGUGUAUAGCAUGGUAUUCUUGCCUUAUCAUUGUUGUAGUAACAUUUAAUAAAAUACACAGCAUUAAUGCACAUCAAAAAUUAAACUAAACUGCCAGUUUGAGCAAGUAUAGUAACACAGCUUUAUGAAUUGUUUAUAUAACUUUACCUAAUACACUCUCAACACAUUUCCAUUUACUAAUGAUCUGCAGAUCUUACUGAUCUUUAUAAAAGCCAGAAUAACUUUUUUAAAAUAUAUCCACUAAUUUUUAUAGGGUGGCCAACCCUAAGAAAAUUAAAACAAUUUAAAACUUGUUUUUAAUCAACAUUUUUUAAUUUGACGUGCAUCUAAUUUUUAAAUGAAUUGAACAUAUACAUAAACAAUGACCUUUAGUUUUUCUAGAAUGUUUUACAAAAUUAACAGCUUGUUUUAAUCCUUGCCUUCGUGUGUUCUGUAAUGUGUUCUAGUAUUUUAUAAUUGGAAAACUUGCUUCAUUUUUUGGCUUAAAUACAAAACUUGUAUAAUUAAUACAACAAAAAAAAAUUAAUAUAUUUUAUUUUAUACAUUUAUACUAAGCAUUUUAAAAUUGUGUGAAAUGUUGCUUAUUUUGUGCCUUUCUUGCCAAAGGAUCCCUUGAUAUAGAUUGCUAAUUAUCGCAUGUUUAUGCAAAUUUGUUUUAAUUAAGAGGCCUUCUAUGUAUCAUCGUACAAGGAUACCUUCCUUGUAUAAUGAAGUUACCUAUAAUCUGUUUAUCAUCUUACUAUGGGUGUAUAACAUUUUUGGACAGGAUACUGCUAUUAUGUAUCUUGUAACUGUUGAUUUAAUUCUUGUUGUGUGAGGUUACCUAUAAGCUAUGUAAAAAAUAUUACUAUGGAAGUAUUGCUUGUUUAGUUAGGUUACCUAUAAGCUAUGAAAAAAUCUUGCUAUGGAAGUAUUGCUUGUUUAGGUAGGUUACCUACAGGGGCGGAACUACAGUGCCGCCAGACCCCGCAAUGCGGGGGGGCCCAGACCGAAUGGGGGCCCAAAAAUCCC